CAAGUGGGACGGUCCCAAGACCUGCUGGGAUAUGACGUAAUGGCAAGAGAGGAGUUACGGAACAAGAGACCUUUCAAGAUAUGGGACAGCUGGCGUAACGUACGGAAGGGUCUAGUCGUAAGCAACUUUGAGGAGCUGUUACAUCGAGGAAAAGAAAAAUUGGGCGUGCCACCAAACGAAAAUGUCUCAUUGGUGUUAGAAUCAGACGGGACCCAGGUGGAGGACGGGGAAUACCUGAAGACCCUAGCAAACAACACAAUCCUGCUGUUGCUGCGGCAUGGGGAGCGGUGGUGUCCAACAGGAGUCGACAUCAUCCGCGCAGGUACAGCUACUACACUGGCACCCUGUUACCAAGACAUAAAAUCUAAUGGUCUGAUGAACGACACAAGGAAUAAAAAAAAAAACCUAGCUAAAAACCACUAUUUGUCUUUAUCCACAGCUAUCUCAGCAAUUCCAAAAAUAGUUUGCGAAACUAUCCACGCGCUGGAGCUACACGAUGAAACGCCCUCGUGGAAGAUCAUGGACAACAAGGGCCGGGUCACGGUGGUGCUCCAUUGGGACCAGCGGUCAGGAUCGGGUAGCCAAGGAACGCAGCAACCAGGUGGUGGUCAACAGGCCAAAUCAACAGACCCAUCUAGUUCCAAGUACUCGCCAACCAAGAAGGCGGAUCUAGGCGGCCCUAACCAGCGACCGUCGUUGGUGAUCCAGACCAGCCUCGACAAGCUGGGGUACGACAAGGGCCACCCUGAGUUGGUGCCACCAAGGUACGCCAGCCCCCAAAUCACUGUGAUAAACCAUGACGACAUGGUCCAGAAGAGCUUCACCAGCCCGAGCUCUUACGGAACUGCUCCAGGGGCUGCUGGCGCCCACUCUCACUCCGGAAUGACCGGCCGGCUGGUCAAGCAAGGCACCAAUUCCUUCGAGAGCAGCUCCACCAUCCACAUCCACACUCCCGAGUGCUCCAACCGGAUCCACCAACCGGUAACCAGAAAUGGAAGCCCAGUAAAUGGAACCGACGGGAACAACACGAGCGAGUGCGACUUCCACUGCUGUGCGCUUCAUGAGGAAGGCCGGAGAAUUGCGGUCCACAAGUCAGUUGCUACCUCACCCAUCCAGGACCAGCAUGCGGUCCAACGGGACCAGCACCAACAGCAGACUCAGACCCAGACUCCGUCUCCUCAGCCUCCUUCCUCGCUCUCUGACGGAACUCGCAGGACCGGGAUGGUCAAGGGCCAUGUCAGGUUCAGGGACACCGCUGAGGAAGACUCUCCCAGGAAUUCUGGCUUCCACAUGCACCACAACAACCAUCAGGAGCAUGAUAGCUCAGAGUCAGAAACUGAGAACACGAUUAUGGAGGACGAGAUUGUCACUUCUGAGAAGUUUCUUCUGCUUAUUGACCAGCUGACCGUUGAUCAGAAGCACCAUCUUAGUAUUAAGGAUAUUGGGAUCAUCUUGGAGAGACUCAGUUCCAAGAUUCUGGAUGUUGAAAGGCUGGAUAGGGAGAGCGAGAGCGAGGAGUGCUACAAUUGGACCAUUAAAGCCAUUAUUAGGGGGGAUGUUCUCAGGGAGUUGGGGGUUAUUUACAAUGGGAAUUAUUAUGCGAUCAGCGAGCAUCCGGGGUAUAAAGAGGAGAGCGAGGAGAAUAAUGAAGACAAUGAGGAAGAGGAGGAAGAUCGUCUUUAA